AUGACCAACACAGUGACGGUCAAGAACAUCUCGGCCAAGACCGACGAUAAGGAGAUUCGAGACUUCUUUGCCUUCUGCCCAAGCCUAAACGUGCAUUUGGACGACGAUAUGCUGACUGGUUAUUUCGAUGACAGCGGCAAGAUCACGGAUCUUCAGGUCAACGCCGAGGGCGAUACCAAGAGCGCUACCGUCGUCUUCGAGAAGGAAACAGCUGCCAAGACAGCCCUGCUACUCAACAACACCCAGCUCGGUCCCUCUCACAUCUCGGUUACUACCGACUCGCCUGUCGGUGACGGUGCCCACCCUGAAAAGACCAACGCAGACCGUGACUCGGAUGAGAUCACUCAAGAGGAUAAGCCACGAGCACGCAUUUUGGCUGAGUACCUUGCUCACGGUUACGUGGUCGGCGACGCGGCCCUUCAAAAGGCCAUCGACUUGGACCAGCAGCACGGAGUCUCGUCGCGGUUCGUCGGCACUCUUCAGAACCUUGACCAAAAGUACCACGCCACCGAUCGUGCCAAGACAGCCGACCAAAGCUACGGCAUCACCACCCGAGCCACAUCUCUGCUUUCUGGCCUCAACUCGUACUUCGAGAAGGCUGCCAGCACCCCGACCGGCAAGAAGAUCGUUGACUUCUACACGCAAUCGUCUAAACAGGUUCAAGACAUCCAUGCCGAGGCCCGCCGGCUUGCUGAACUCAAGAAGCAGGAUGCCGGUGGUAGCGCGGCCAGGGCUGCUGGUCUGGAGAAGAUCCUAGGUACCGGUAGUGCUGGCAAUGAGAAGCCGAAAGAUGGUGCUUCGGAUUCGCCCGCCGCCGUUCCUGGGACGGUGCCUGCCAGUGGUGGUGCCACGACCACUGAGAAGCCCAAGACGAACCCAGUUGAGCCUGACCCCAAAGUUUGA